AUGUGUUUAUCAAAUGGUACAAUCAGUGUGUGGGUGGUUGACAAAGAAAAUCGUAAACCUCAUUUAGUGUGUCAUCAACCGAAAAUACUUAGAUAUUUUCUUUUACGGUUUCAUCAGCGUUUCAUGCUCGCGUGCAAGCAAUUUUCAAUGCCAGAAUCUUACAAAGCCAUUCAAGUGGUACCAGAUGUGAGAAUAAAUUACACAACUUUACUACUUCAGGUUUCGCAACCUUAA